CGUCCACGCCGCACAAGUAAAACAUACUUCCUCGACGCAUUGUCACGUCUCCUCGACCCAGUUCUCUCUAGCUAUGGAGGCAGACGACCCCGUUCGCCCAAUAUGGCAAGCGGCCAUCGACCAGUACUACGACCAGCUUGCAGAGGGAGGCAUGAAGAGAACGCCCACGAUAGACAAAGACCUCUGGGAGAUAGAGAGCCCGAAUGUUUUGAUUGACGAGAUCCAAGAGAUGGUACCACAAGAAUCACAAAUCUCCAAAGUGUGGAUGACUGUGCUGCCCAAGCUUGAGCCCGUGUUGCUGGGUCUCAAUGACUUUGCAGCCGUUAUCGCCUGGUCGUUGGGGAUGAAUGGUCGUGUUGCGGCACUUCUGUGGAGAUCUAUGAGACUCAUUUUAAAGUUCGCGCGUCCAGUUUUCCCCCAGUUGAUCACAUUGCUAGAAGAGCUGCGAACCGUCCUCCCAAAGGCCCGCCUAUCCGAACAAGAGUUUCCACUCUCGGAGUCUCUCGAAACCGCGUUACUAAAUAUGUAUACUGAGAUAAUUGUCUUCUAUGCUUUCGCGAUCACAUUCUUCCGAAAUAAUCCCAAUGCUUCGACGAGCCGAAGUGCAUGGUCCAUAUUCAGCUCAAGGUUCGAGAAAGUCAUAUCAAAUCUUCGCAUUUAUUCGAGAAAGGUCGACGAGAUCGUCGACAUGAUACGGUUGUCCAAAGAAACUCACACGGCCGAAACGGUGAAGGCAAUAAACAAUCUGCAGAAGCUAAUGAUUACAGAUAAAGGAACACCGUGUCAUAUCAUACCAUACGGACUGAAUUUGAAGUUCCAAGGCAGAUCAGCGGAACUGGAUGAGCUUAAGCGUACUUUGGAUCCAGGAAAUGGAGCGGAAACCUUGAAAGUGAUAUCCAUAUGCGGCUUAGGCGGAGCCGACACACAAACCAAGCUUAUCCAAAGUCUGUCUACCUUCGCGUCGAAGCUGGGCUUGCCAAAGAAAGAGGGAAGCAGCGACGAUGACUACCAAUCGGUUCAAAAGGUUAGGGACUGGCUCAAUAGCUCCGGAAAGACAUUUCUCCUCAUUUUCGAUAACUUGGAAGAUGUCCGUAUCUUGAGCCAGAUCUGGCCCGCAAGCAAUAAGGGCUCCAUCAUUAUCACCAGCCGGUCUCCAGCAGUCGCAGCAAAACGAGCUAAGAAGACGAUGUACCUCAAGUCGUUUGGAGAGGACGCAGUCGUAGAUAUAUUUUAUGAGUUGACCGGACUACAGCCAGCCGACGAGGACGAUGCGGAAGCCGCCAAAGAAAUAUGUCAGCUCAUUGGAGGCCUUCCACUCGCCAUGAUUCACAUGAGUUCAUUCAUCCAAGACCGGGGAUAUUCAUAUGGGGAGUUCCUCGCUUUGUACAAGAAGCAUGCUGAGAGGAUCUUCAUCAAGGACCAAUCCCAGGUGGAUUAUGACCACACUUUGAGUACGGUAUGGGACAUGUCCCUUCAAUCAUUGUCACUGAAUGCUAGAGUCCUUCUUGACUUGUUGUCGCUAUUUGACCCCGACUCGAUUCCAGAACGAUUAUUGAUUGGAGGAAGAGCCGAUAUUGUGGAGCCCCGAUUGAAAUUCCUGAACGAUGAUUUUGAUUUCGGUGACGCUGUGUCUGAAUUGAUGACCAAGACGUCGCUCAUCAAUCGGCUGACUACAUCCAAAUCCCUCUCCAUGCACCGCAUGGUAAAGUUUGCGAUGUUCAUCCGAAUCCCAGAAGAUGAGCGUACAUUAUACCUUGACAACGCAAUUCAAUUACUGUAUCAUGCCUUUCCGAAUACUUGGGAUGAGCGAGGUCCCCAGCAAGGUCAUGGCUGGCGUUCUUGGGAAACUUGCAGUGCUAUCGUGGCCCACUUAUCCUCUCUGAUGGGUCUGCAAAAACAAUAUAACCUGAAAGCCACAAAUACAGAGGGUUUUGCUGAGCUUAUAUUCCGCAUUGGGACGUAUCUUUGGGAAAAUGAGCAACCAACCACGGCAAAGGCAUUCUUUGAGUAUGGCUUGGAGUUGGACAUUGAUCCCAAUAGCCGGAUAUGCGCACAAGCGUACCGGUUACUAGGUCAUAUUGGCCUUGACGUGGCACAACCACGAGCCGCUCUCUCCGCGUAUCAAAAAGCUUUAACGGCGAGAGAGAAACUUGAAAAACCAAAUUCGGGUGCUAUAGCGGAAGUCUACGAUUCAAUCGCAUGCAGCUACUCUGAGUUUGGAGACGUUCCGCAUGCACUUGAGUACCUCGCAAAGGCCGAUGCUAUAAACCUUGCGCAAGCCAAUCGCACCUCAGCCCGGACCCAAGCCAUAUAUUCAUUAGCUUACCUCCGAGGAGACCAGCCAGCCAAAGCACUCGAAGCGCUACAGCUCUGCUGGAACCUUCGGAAUAAGACUGAGGAGGAAAUCGCGGGGUCUCAUUAUCCAAAGCACGCUGGCGAUAUCGUUCUAUUAGCACGGAUACAGUAUGCACUCGGACAAAAAGAUGAAGGCCAACGAUUGGCUUCGAGGUCAAUCACUAUUAGGAGAGGCAUUUUUGGCUCUAAGGGACCUCGUGUAGCGGACUCGGUUUUCAUUGUUGCAAGAAUGCUGGCAGCUGCGGGCGAACAAGUUGUGGCUGCAAAAAUGUAUGGAGAGAUCAUUGACAUGAGCCGCGAUAUGGCGGAAAUGAAAGGCCACUUGGCCCGAGCAUUGUGGUUUUUGGCUUCGAUGGAAGAGCUGCUGGAGAACCCGGCUGAAGCUGAGAGGUUGAGGAAGGAUGCGAAAGAUGAAAGAGCCAAGAUCCAGGAGAGAGAAGCACCGGAUGAGGACACCGACGAGGCCUUUAUGGGCCUGGUAGGGUGGAUGCUAUGGUAAUCCUGAAAAUUUCCGUGGUUAACAAAGGGGGAUGAGUCGGUUGUAGAUUGGUCUAAGGAGAAUGACGACAGGUAACGACGAAAGUAAUGAUAUUAGAUUGCUUUCAAAAAGAAUUUAAGCAGCAACUGAAACAAAGUCCAUGGGUGGACGGUACCCAGGUGGUCUUCCGUGAUAAGUCGCUUUCGCAGUACCGCGAAGGAGUUUAGCUCGUCCAAAGUACUAGAGGUUUCGAUCACCGCGUGUAUGCAUACUUUAACUAAAUAUGUAGAAUAAAGACCAGUGAUGUUAUGAGACCAGAGCGAUUUGGAGGUGGACUGGAUGGAGGCACUUGAAAAAAGCUUCGGACUGGACUGAGUUUCUAUUUGGACCGCGGGGAUUUG